AUGUCCACUCUCGCCGCCCAGAAAGCAACGGCCCAGGCCGUCAUCGACGGAUACAAUGCUUGGAACAUGGACAAGAUCAUGGCUUAUCGAACGGAAGAUUGCACACAACAAGUCCUUCCUGCAUCUUUAGGACGGCCAAUCCAGAACAACACCCAAUAUCGCGAGCGCUUCAGUCAAAUGCUGCCACAUUUCAGGAACUUCAAGGUCACCGUCCACACAGAGGUGCAUGAUGCAGAUGCGCAUACAUGUAUCAUGCAUGCGACGAGUACAGCAGACAGUGACAUUGGGCCGUACGCGAAUGAAUACGCGCUAGUCUUGCAUUUCACGGAGGACGGGAAGCAGGUUACCAAGUUUUUGGAAUUUGUCGAUUCGGCUUUUUCUAACAAGUUCUUCAAGGAGUUAAGGGAUGCAGGUCUUGGACCGCAGUAG